AUGAUUUACAAGUGUUUCAGUUUGGUUGUUCUUUUGACGGUGCUGCAAAGUGGCAAGGGUGAAGACUACGUGGUGGCUCUGGCAUAUAGAGGCAAAGACUCGUACAUCAGGUACACAGCCGGAGAAACCGGGGGCCUGAUGGAGAUACAGUAUCCACACUUCGCCAAAAGAACAUCCAAUGUGUUGGGUCCCUUCCAGGGUACUUGGCACCCUGUAAGCGAUAAGAUGAAAAUCACUAGUGUUGUAGAAAAUACAGCUGUCGUUGUAAGCGGAAGUGACGAAAAUGUAAACAUUGUGGUAGCCGCUGACGGUGUAUUCUCUCCUCUUCCUAUAUCUGCCCUUGGAACCAAGUACAUUCUACCUUCCAGUCUUGUACCCAACAGUAGUUAUCAAUCCUUGCUACUGAUAGCUACACACAACAUGAGCACCAAUGUUGAUAUAUCCUUUCGAAUAGAAAAAGGAAGUGUUAACUUUGUCAACUACGUAUACGGUGACGGCGAUACUCUGCCCCUCAAACUUGAUCCAUAUCAAACGGUAAUGAUGUCAACCCCACAUGAUCUGAAUGGAACGGUCAUUAACAGUGGACACAGUGUGGCCGUCUACAGUGGUAUAGACUAUGCCUCGAAGUACACUGUGUAUGACCAACUACUGCCUGUCAAGCACCACGGGCAGGAGUAUGUUGUUGCUGUAGAUGACACCAAGCUGGAGCUGCAGAUCAUCAGUGAACACAGCCACGUGCAGAUUACGUUCAGUACCUGGGCCACAGUCUCUACAGGUGAGCGUCGUCUCUAUAACCGCUCACUUGAACAGGGAGAAAGUCUUCACUUCACCACCACACGCCCGGUACUGGUGACACUCAGUAGAACAGAUGGUUACAGCAGUGUCUUCACAACUGUACCACCUGUACACUCUUACGUCACACACAGGGGUGUCUGGUUUCAAGGUAACAAUCUAAAUACAACAUUAAAGAUAAUAACUGAGAAGACAUCGAGUGUGUUGAUUAAAAACAAACAACUCAACGAUGUUCUGACAUGGACAGAUGUACCGGGCAGCAGAUACAAAGUUGGCACAGUGACACUUUCUCCACAACAAUAUACACGUUUUACGUCCAUUUCCAGCGACCUCCCCUUCACAGCACUGUCUUUUUAUAACGGAUCGGUCCAUAACAUCGGCUAUAAUGUGUCUGCAGAGGAGGCAGUACAUUAUACAGGUGAAAGUUACUUGAUGGCAGUGGCGGAAUACGAUCCCCCCUCUAACAACCACCCCCGGAUACUCGCCACUGCUGGGGAGACAGGAGGCCAGUGGCAGGUACAGGAUCCUCUCGCCGGGCGUGUCUGGUCUCGACGCUUCAAUCCUUACAACACAGACUACUUUUAUCCUAAUACCACAACAACCAAGGUAGUGCUUGUGCGUGUGAGAGCUGCUGUUCAUAUCAAUGUGAAGCUGACCCCUUACACAUCAUUCUCUCCCCUUCCUGUGUCCGCACUAGGCACCAAGUACAUCAUUUCUUCCUGUCUUCCCACUGACAACAUAUACAGAUACACAAGAUACAGAGUAGUCUUAGUGAUAGCUACACACAGCAAGAAGGCGGAUGUUGACAUUAUCUUCAGAUUGGAGGGCAACGUCACCUAUAAGGACAGAGCGUACAGCAACGGGGACACCCUCAGUAUCAGAUUAGAUAAGUAUCAGACUUUCUCCAUAACCAGUUCAUCUGAUAUGACCAGAACCAUUGUUAAAGCCACGGAAACAAUAGCUGUCUACAGUGGAACAUACUAUACGACGUCGAAAUUCAUCUCUACCUACGAGCAGUUACUGCCUGUGAAACAUUAUGGAAGUGAGUAUAUUGUCGCUAUCAAAUAUUCUUCUUACUAUCGAAGGAAAUCGAUUACCCUGCCAUACCAACUUCAAGUUGUUACUGACCACAGUGACUCGAGCAUCAUGUUUAAUAAUGGUUCUUCCGUCUCUGUGGGUAAAGAUGGACUGUACCGUGAACAAUGUGGACCUUUUGAAACAUUUUACUUCAACACCACAAAGCCAACCAUGGUCACAUUGUGUUCUAUUGGGAUGCGUUAUAAGGUUGUGCCUGGUGGGUUAAUUGUUGUACCACCUGUAACCCUCUACUCUAAACAAACAACCCUAAAAGCCCAAGGCACCAGGGCAAUAUUGACAGAUAAAGACAACAACAAUUUACACGUUCAAGAAAUCCCAAACACUCUCUCUACAGUUUUCACUCCCCCGAUAAAGUGGAAGGAAGUUCCAGGUACAAGAUACAAAGUGGGAAUAUUACAAAGUGGUCAACACAUAACAGCAAUUCGUUCUAAUUCUUCCUUUGCUGUCCUUGGAUACGAUUAUGAUAAUAUAUACAACGGAGGAUACAAUUUUAGGACACAUCUUGAUGCAGAGACCUCUACACCAGAUGGAAAUGGAAACAAGUUGACUACAGAUGAUUCUUUCCAAGCAGAACCGGACAACGCGGCGCUGAUCGUGGGGAUAAUCUGUGGGAUUGUUAUUGUGGCUCUCCUGGUCGUCUUUAUGGCAUAUGCGUUCUAUACCCGCAGGAAGAUGAUGCCAGUUAAGAGAGUUGCAGAACAAGAUGCCGAUGCUCCCCCGACCUCCAACAUCUACACGGUGCUUGACAGUGUCGCUGAAGGUGCAGCAGAUGAGGCCACCUACACGGGGCUAACAACUAACUGCACACCUGUCGACGUCAGCAUCGUCGACAGUGCUGCCACAUAUGUUAAUUUCGACUGCGGAAAAUAACUCGAAAGUUAACACAAAUGCAUCGAAGUGUUAUGGAAACACAUUCUGAGACAUUACCAUGUCUUAGUGUAAAAACGUAUAUUCUCUGCACACAUUAACUAAACCUUCAUGUUAUACUUUAUUAUCUAUGUACAAAUGUUAUAUUUUCCAAAGAAUAUAUCUAACGUUGUCAUAUGUGAAUAUUCAGAGGUUAUGAAGAAAUAGUAUAUGUCUCAGAAUACACACAGAUAUUUGAUUGUAUUACAUUACAUUUCAAAAGGUAACUACUGUCGUAUGUACAUGUAGGUGGUGAAUUUAAUUCUACUUGAGCAAAGAAUAAUGCAUCAACCAGGACAUGACUCACGUACAUGGAUGCAACAACUGAAAUUUAUGAAACACAGAAUGAAACAUGGCAACAUGUUCUUUGUCUUCUGAAACAAUCUCUUGUCGAGCCAUUUAACUAAUAUUCUUUGAGAACGGUCAGAUAAGGGUGUAUUAAUUGAACGGGUUCCAGACCCCAUUUGGUUUUAAGUAAAAUAGGAUCAUUCACAAUACCGCUACAACAUGUUGAUUGUGGAAAUGGUCUUAUCACUUUUAUUUACCGGUUGAUUAAACCAAAGGCUGCUUUCACUGACAGUAAUUAACCAAAUUUCUUGUGGUGAAACGAGUAACGCUGACCUCUGAUCAUUGGAAAAGGAAGAAGGAAUUGAAACAACAUUUUUAAGCCUUAUUUUAGUUUUCAGUGUACCAUUUCACUCACUGGGCUGCAAUUGUGAAUUAGGUGAUCGAUUUGCCAGUGUCACAUGUGGGAGAAUAAGGGCAAACCCACAGCAGAGAUCUUAUAACUUUUCAUUUUUGGUUAAGCAACUUUUUAUUUUAUUCGUAAGGUUGUUUUUGCUAUUAUUUUAUUCUUGUUGUUUAUUGGGUUGUUUAGUAUUCAAUUACUUGAUUACAUACAUGUCCAUGCCACGCCGUGAUAUAACUGGAAUACUGUUAAAAGCGGCGUUAAACCCAACUCACUCACUCAUUCACAUGUACAUACAGCUUAAGCACUUUCAAUUGUUUCUUCAUUUUGGAACUAGAAACCUGGAUGCUUUUGACAGAGGGUUUGGUUUAAGGUUGGUAACACGUGUACCCAUAAAGUGAAGUAGCAGUUCCUAUGAAGAUAUCAUUCAGUUAAGUUUCAAAUGAAUGUUUAAUGUGCUGAGCAUAUGUUCAUUGUAACACAAUGACUUAACAUUGAUAUUCAUUACAUAUGGUUUUAUAUAUAUUUUCAGCUUGUACUUGUGAAUAGUUAUUAUGAGGUUAUGUAAAACGUUCAACAUAAGACUUUUCAGCAUGCGACAAACCAUCUUGAUUACAAAACAGUUACAUGUGGCAGCAGGUGAGGAAGUCUUCAUGAAACUGGUCCCAUUUGUUUUUGUAUAUAUUGCAUUAUUGCGCGGCUCCUUCACGAUAAGGCUAUGUGGUGCAUAAAGCACAUCUCUUUAAAAACCAAUUUCAAUUUGUUGUGGUGAGUAUCCCUGACAUCCAUUUCAAGGAAAAGCUCCGCACUGGGGUUAAAUCGAUGUUAUUAUAAAGUUAAGUUAAAUUGCAGUUUAGAUGUUGUAUGUUCAACAAUCUAUACCCAUCUGUGUUACUAUAUUAAUAUAGUAU